AUGGCGCCCGCCGACGAGGAGCCGGCCCGGCCACCCCACCAUGAAGCCGCUCCCGCCAGCGUGCCCUCUGCGCCCCCUAUAGCUUCCUCGACUCCCCCGCCCGCCGCCGCCGCCGCCGCCUCCUCGUCCGCGCCCGCCUCGUCUUCUGCCUCGUCUGCCUCUCCUCCGCCUCCCGCACCCACAGCAGCCCCUCCAGCUCCAACUCAGGCGUCUCCCGCUCCUCGGCCGCCGGCCGCCCCCCCCUCGCCCGACGCGUCCCUGGCCGCCUCGGCCGUCGUCGCCUCGGCCUCGCAGCCCCAGAAAAACGGCGACGACGGCGACGACGCUGGCUCCGAGCUCGAAACCGACAACAUGUCGACUCACUCGGCCGCCCUCUCAGCCGCCCACCACGGCCUGGCUCUGAGCUAUCCGGCCUCCACUGCCGCCUCCCCCUCCGUCUACCUUGCCUCCUCCAACAUGCCCUCGGGCCAGUACGUGCCUGCCCCGAUGUCGCUCCCGAGCAUGCGUACAAUGGAUUCCAUGCCGCAGCAACCCGUCAGCCAGCCGCCGGCUCCUCACCAUACAAUGGCCAUGGCCAUGACCACUCCCCUGGCUCCCGUCUCGGGCGCGCCUCUCUUUUACCCUCACCACGCAAUGGCACUGCCAUCAAACUACAGUCUGGCUCACGACGCCAUGUCCCGCUUUCCUCUGCCCCAUGACCCUCGCAUCCUUGGCAGCAGAGGCCCGAAAAAGGAAAUCAAGCGCCGAACCAAGACUGGGUGCCUGACGUGUCGCAAGCGAAGAAUCAAGUGCGACGAGACACAUCCGACCUGCAAUAACUGCAAAAAAUCCAAGCGAGAGUGCCUGGGCUACGAUCCCAUCUUCCGCCAACAAGGCGGCGGCGGCCCGACAAUCUCUCACAUCCAACCGGCCCCUGCCAGCCAGCCGACUGUUUCAUCGUCCCUCCCCUCGUCCACGUCGCUGCACUCGGCUCCUGCACCUGCUCCCCGGCUGGCUAACCCGUACGGCAACCAGCCGGCUGUGCUGCCCAGCGCAUACGCAUCCACCCCGGCCACGACCACGGCCAGCUACAGCCCCCCCGCCACCGCCACCGCCCCCGUCAUCAAGACGGAGCCCGGCUACGACCACUUGAUCAAGGCCGAGCCCAGCGAUUCUGUCCUGAGGCAUCUGCCCUUGGCACCUCCUGCGGACAACUCGAAGGCACCUGACCCCAGGCCUGCCUCGCUGCCGGAUGCCAGUCCCCAACCCACAGGAGCCAAGAGAAUGAAGAUCCACGAGAUCAUAGACUUGCUAGGGCCGCCGCCUCCCCCGCAGCAGAUAAGCCACACCGAGGAGACUUUCAAUGAGGUCACAAUGAUCUACCACGAAAUGUACGCGGGCGGGCUCAGCGCCUUUUUCGAGUCCACUUGGUACUACUUUAUCGAGAGCGGAAAGAUGACGUUUCCCAAAGACACUAAUUUGAUUGAGCACCUGGCUUCUUUCUUAAAGAUACUCGAGGCGGUCAAGGCCAACGACCACACCCAGAUGGCCUACUCUGGCGCUCUGGAAACGAGGAUCGUCUGGGAGCUGGCCUGCAUAGUCUAUCAAGUCCCGGACCGCACAAACAACGCCAUGCGCACGGCGAUGCCCCUCGAGGGCGAUGCCACCGAGCUACGAAAUCGUCUACGCGUGGUCGAGGCGCUGCUGUGUGGAGAAUACCUCGCAGCGAACCCGCUCGCCCCUCCCGUAAUGGACAAUGACCAGCACAAAAUGCGCCAAUUCGACUUUUGGUACAGUCUGGCCGAGUUUGUGCGCAGACGCGACAACCCAGGCUCCCCGGAAGCUGUCAAAGCCAGGGAGGACAUGCUGGCUAGGAUGCGGCAUCUGCUGGACGGCCGGGAGAACCGGGACGUCCUCUACUCCAUCGCCGUGAUGAGGGAACUGGCGCCCAAAUUCGAGCCCGGCUACGCAGGCACAAUUCCCCAGCAUCUGGACGAGAGCGACCCCAAGAACAGACUGGCGGUGGCCUCCAAGUUUAUCCUCGACGAAGCCCAGGUCACGGGCGGGACGACAAAUGUGGUGCGGCGGUUUAGCGACAUUGCUUUGCGAGCAUUUGUCAACCCGGGCGCCAACGUCGCGGAGAGAACCUGA